CAACAGUACACAAUGUUGUAAACAGUUGAUAUAGCCUUUGUACCCGAUAGUCCAAUUACACUUUAUUAAAUCUCUACACGCGAACGGCUGUGAGACUUUUAGGAUUAACUUUUACUUGUCAGUUUUGAUACAUCUUAUUAUAGAUAUUAAAAAUGGGUUGUGGAGGAAGCAAGAGCACUGGUACAGAGAACCAACAGAAGAAAGCAGAUCCUGCCCCUGCUCAACAGCAUAACGAGCAAGCAGAUAACAAGAAUGGAAGCGGUAGUGCCCCCGACAACAAGGGUAGCAGAACAAGUGUCAAAGAUAACAAAGAAGCUGAAAAGAUAGAGGCUAGUGAGGAAAACAAUGAGGAAAAGAAAGAUGAAGAAAAGAAAGUUGAAACUGAAGAAAACAACGAAGAAAAGAAGGAAGAAGGCGAGGCGGGGCAAAAAUCUGAAGAGAAGACAGAGGCAGCAAAAGAAGAACCAGUAAAAAUAGAAUCAGAUGAGACUGAUAAUUCACAAACUGUAGCAGCUGAUUCAGAAGAAACUCCUAAAUCAGAGGAAACAGUUGAAUCAGAUGUAAAAACUGAAACUGCUGAAUCAGCAGCUGAAAAUGUUGAUACAGCUGAGAAAUCUGAAUCAGAUCAAAUUACUGAACCAGAAAAAACUGAAUCUGCUGAGCCAGAAACUGCUCAAAACGAACCAACUGAAUCAGAAACUGCUCAAACUGAAGCAGUUGAACCAGAAACUGCUCAAACUGAAAAUGUAGUAGCUGAAACUGCACAAAAUGAUGCAGCAGCAGAAACAACUGAAACUAAUCCAUCUGAUUCACAAGCUACUGAAACACAACCCAUUGAAACACAAGAUAAUGAAAAUAAAACAGAGGAAACCCCAGCUACAGAAGGAGAAACCUCAGAGGAAACAAAAGCUGAGGAAACAGAAGAAAAGAAAGAAGAAUAGGGACAAUGUUGUUUUAGGAAAGUCUAGCAAUUCUUAUAUUUAUUAUCUUUACAAAAUAUUGAACUGCUGGUUCAGCAUUUAUCAGUCAUUGGAAGGACAUCCAAAAAGCUUUUGAUCACUUUCAAAUUAAGUGAGAGUAAAGCCAAUAAGGGGUGUAACAAUGAAAUUGAUGUAAUGUCGUCACAGCCACAUGACAGUAAAUAAUCUGAGAACAUGACUGAAAUUCGCUCAAUUCAGUUUAGGGAGGUUUUGUAUUUGUACAUCAUUGACUUGUAUAACAGUUGCAAUACAGAUAUAGGGGGUUAGAUUACAAACGGCUUAACAGGUAAUGGUGAAGCCCUCUUCGAUCAACCCUAUAUGGUACCAAACUUGAUGCAAGGGUCAUAAGGCAUCAGUCAUAUCUGUCGACAGUACCGAGCCCUGUAUGGUUCAACCAUGUAGAAUGAAGUACCAGUUUUGAUAUCAGGAAAACAAUGAUAACAGUGCAAUGCAAUAUUUUUCAUGGUGUGUAUUAAAUUGCUUGUUCGCAGUGUCAAUGUUCUAUUUGCCAGAAUUUUGUAAAACUUGUGUUGUAUAUAUUUUUCUAAACGCAAAAAUGGGCAUAUGAUGCCACUCUUAAAGAAACAUAAAUAUUGCUAACUUUACUACGUUUGGCGCUUUUGUGUCUCCUUUACAUGUGGAGGAACGUUGCUUUUUCCAUUUGUCUAGGAGAGCGGGAGUCACAUUGGCUCAACAGUCAGUAUUACUUAGUGACUGCACGAUAUUUUCAUCUGUCUAUUAACGACAACAGUCACUUCUUUGCCGCGCCAAACGUCGCAAUAGCAGCAAUAAUCUUGUAAAUAAGGUCGUUUUUGUAUCGGGAUCAUCUUCCAUUUGUGGUAACAGAUCAGAGGAUAGCAUGAAAAAAAGUUCAUUCCCUUGUUAUGAUUAAAGAUUUGGAAAUAGCGUCUACUGAUAAGUGUAAUUGUAAAAUGUAAUUCUCCCUUAUCAGCGCACUAUCAAGAGGUGUGUAAGUUAUGAUAGCAUUGUCUGGAGAUUGAGUGUUCACAUUAUUCAAGCAUUUCUAGAUAUCUAUUGUACAUAUUGAACUUUCUGAUAUUACGGUCACGUCUUCAUAAAGGACCGAAUGUAUAUAGCUUACCGGCGCCAUCUAUAUUGCUCAGUAGAUCAUCAUCAUAAGAUGGCGCCAUAUGUAUGGUAACGCACAUAGCACGAAUACAUCUAGUGUAAUAAACAAGCGGCCAUAUUAUCAUCGUUCAUACAAAAAUCAUUUAGGUGUCAUCAAAAGUCAUUCAUUUUUAAGAUCUGAUAAGGUGGACUUGAAAAAACUUGAAAAUUACCAAUCAUCCAAUCGCCAUCACUACGUCAUCAAUAAAUAUUAAAAUUAUGAUAUCUGUGAUAAACAUUAUAUAUAUGAAUUAUAUUAUAAAUGUAAAUUACGAGCAUGUAACCACAUAAAUAAAUGAAACCGUCCAAAAUGAAUCUUUUAUAAUAUAUGAUAUACAUUAUCUACCUAAAAUGAUGUCUUGUUGUCUUAUUUCUUCCGUCGUAUUACAUAUUUCAAAAUAUGAUUUUGAUAAAAUCAUGGACUUGAAAAAAUGGAUUGGAAUCUCC